AGGAAUAGGUAGUUGAUGUUUGUGGGCUGGGUCUCGGUGUGUGAGCAACCUCGUGGUUGCUGAGGAGGCCGGAGGAAAGAAAACCGAAGCCCGGAACACGGCAGCUUCUUGCGUACCUAUGCAAGCUAAUUUUGAGUUACCUCUUUUUGUAGUCUUAAAAGACCAGAGCGCCUGUUGUCUAUUACCCCCUUUCGUUUCGGUAGACAAGUCUUGUGUAUACUCGCCAUGGCUCAGCUCCAGGCACGCUUCUUCACUGACAAUAAGAAAUAUGUGGUAGAUGAUGUUCCCUUCUCAAUUCCUGCAGCCUCUGAAAUUGCUGACCUUAGUAACAUCAUCAAUAAAUUGCUGGAGGCCAAAAAUGAGUUACACAAACAUGUGGAGUUUGAUUUCCUCAUCAAGGGCCAGUUUCUGCGAAUGCCCUUACUCAAACACAUGGAACUGGAAAACAUCUCAUCGGAAGAGGUUGUGGAACUAGAAUAUGUGGAGAAGUACACUGCACCUCAGCCAGAACAAUGCUUGUUCCAUGAUGAUUGGAUCAGUUCAGUCAGAGGGGCAGAAGAAUGGAUCUUGACUGGUUCUUAUGAUAAGACUUCGAGGAUCUGGUCCUUGGAAGGAAAGUCAAUAAUGACAAUUGUGGGACACACAGAUGUUGUAAAAGAUGUGGCCUGGGUGAAAAAAGACAGUUUGUCUUGCCUACUAUUGAGUGCCUCUAUGGAUCAGACUAUUCUCUUAUGGGAGUGGAAUGUAGAGAGAAACAAAGUGAAAGCCCUGCACUGCUGCAGAGGUCAUGCUGGAAGUGUGGAUUCUAUAGCUGUUGAUAGCACAGGAACUAAAUUUUGCAGUGGCUCCUGGGACAAGAUGCUAAAGAUCUGGUCUACAGUUCCUACAGAUGAAGAAGAUGAAAUGGAGGAAUCCACAAAUCGACCAAGAAAGAAACAGAAAACAGAGCAGUUGGGGCUGACCAGGACUCCCAUAGUGACCCUCUCUGGGCACAAAGAAGCAAUUUCAUCGGUUCUGUGGUCAGAUGCUGAAGAAAUCUGCAGUGCAUCUUGGGACCACACAAUUAGAGUGUGGGAUGUUGAGUCUGGCAGUCUUAAGUCAACUUUGACAGGAAAUAGAGUGUUUAAUUGUAUCUCCUAUUCUCCGCUUUGUAAACGUCUAGCGUCUGGAAGUACAGAUAGGCAUAUCAGGCUGUGGGAUCCCCGAACUAAAGAUGGUUCUUUGGUGUCGCUGUCCCUAACCUCACAUACAGGCUGGGUCACAUCAUUAAAGUGGUCUCCUACCCAUGAGCAGCAGCUGAUUUCAGGUUCUUUAGAUAACAUUGUGAAACUGUGGGAUACAAGAAGUUGUAAGGCUCCUCUCUAUGAUCUGGCUGCUCAUGAAGACAAAGUUCUGAGUGUAGACUGGACAGACACAGGGUUACUUCUGAGUGGAGGAGCAGACAAUAAAUUGUAUUCCUAUAGAUAUUCACCUACCACUUCUCAUGUUGGGGCUUGAAAGUGAAUGAUAGAUUUGACUACAGAGAUUGUGUCUGUAAAUGAAAUAGAGAAUCCUCAGAUUGCAUCAGUGACGGUUCAGAAAGCAGUCUCUUAAAGUUUAUAGUUUCAUCCUUGAUGAUAACUAUCACUAUUUCUUUAUUUUGUAUUUAUUAUAUAGUAGUGUGUGUUGUUAAAAUGUAAAAGUGACCUGCCUUCUCAGCCAUAUGCAAACUCUUGAAACUAAACUGAAUUUUUUAUUUCCUUUUAGAGGUAUUGGUUUGAAUUAAGAUUUGUUUUUGAAAUGCUGUAAAAGCAUAUAUUUAAAGUAAUUGUCCAGAUUUUUAUUUCUGAUGGGGACACUUAAGUAUUCCUAUGUUAGCAGUUUAAGAAAAGUAUCUUAAGAAAACUAAUAAAUUCUAUUAUAAAAAAUUAGAAAUAACACUUUGGGUAAAAUAAGUGAUAUCUAACCUAUCAUAAGAUUUUGUGGGCAUUCAACAUUAAAACAUAUAGAUCCUGCUGCCAAUUAAGAGUUUGCUGGAGUAUUUUAAGUGAAGUGCUUUGUAUUAAGGAUAUGUUAGAAUCCUGGGGCUCCUGGCUGGCUUGGUCAGUAGGGUGUGUGACUCUUGAUACCAGAGUCUUGAUCUCAGGGUCAUGAGUUCGAGCCCUGUGUUGGGCAUGGAGCCUACUUUAAAUUAAAAAAAAAAAAGGUACGUCACAAUUCUUUAGAAAUUACAUACAGAGGUGUCUGGGUGGCUCAGUCAGUUAAGCGUCUGACUUCGGCUCACGUCAUAAUCUCAUGGUUCAUGAGUUUGAGCCCCAUUUUGGGCUCUGUGCUGACAGCUCAGAGCCUGGAGGCUGCUUCAGAUUCUGUGUCUCCCUCUCUCUCAGCCCCUCCCCUGCUCGUGCUCUGUCUGUCUCUCAAAAAUGAGUAGACAUUAAAAAAAAUUUUUUUAAGAUAUUGAAAAUUUUUAAGAUAUUAAAAUUUUUUUAAGAUAUUGACAGCAUUUGCAUACAUACAAAUUUCAUGGUAACCAGGAAUCUUUCUCCCUAUCUUAUCCUGGUAUGCAGAUAAGAAUAGAAUUUGUAAACAAAACUUUUCAGUCAGUAUUAGAUAAUAAACAUUCUAUAAAUUUUAUAUCAUUAGCAUUUAUCUUAAUGCAUUUAUUAUAUACCAAAUAUUUAAGGUAAAUAUCUUCUUAAAGUAUGAUUUCCAUCUUUAAUGGAUUGUUAUUCCUCAAGCAGAGCGCUUCAGCCUCUAAGUAAUAUAUGGAAAAUAAGUUUGGUCUCCUCACAAGACUGUAACGCAGUGUGUCUCAGAAAAUGUUCCUAUUACAGGGGUCCAGGAAAUAAUACUUGGCUGCAGUUGAGAACAAAAUUAACAGUGGAUUAAACCAGUUAGGAGUUUAGUUCUCUCAUAAGUUGAAAUCCAGAGGCAUUCCAGGGCUGGGAGAGUGGUUUUGUUCUACACUCAUUAGAGACCCAGACUCCCUCUACCCCUAGGACAUGGUUCUCAUUUCACAAGAGCUAGAGCUAUAGUUGUUACAUCAUUUAAAGGAAGUAUAUUUUAAUGUUAAAAAACUGAAUAAAGUUAGCCAGAAAAUGCAGACUGUUUUUCUCAUUUAGUGCAGACUGGUAUAAAUUUCAUGAUAUCUGUACUGUCUCGAAAUCAAACUUUUACAGGAUAAAGAAGAAUUUUUAUUCUUGUUUUGGAUGGUCUCUGAAUGAGCCAAGGACAGAGUUAUUUAAAAUUUUUUUUUUCAACGUUUAUUUAUUUUUGGGACAGAGAGAGACAGAGCAUGAAUGGGGGAGGGGCAGAGAGAGAGAGAGACACAGAAUCGGAAACAGGCUCCAGGCUCUGAGCCAUCAGCCCAGAGCCUGACGCGGGGCUCGAACUCACGGACCGCAAGAUCGUGACCUGGCUGAAGUCGGACGCUUAACCGACUGCGCCACCCAGGCGCCCCAAGGACAGAGUUAUUUAAAUGUCUUUCUUAACUUCCCCAAUCUGGGCUUUUCAGUUGUAGUCUGCAUAUAAAAAGUGGUUGAAAUAAAGGUAAAGAGGCCUAUAAAUUAAAUUUUUAGAACCGACCCUGAUUCCAAGGCAGGAUGCAUUCAUGGUUCAGGCACUCUCCCUUAGGACGGGCAUAACAUUAGUGAAACUCAAAUUUCUCUCCGUGUAUAACUCAGGCGGUUAGAUCUUACUCCUCAAACAGGAAAAACAUGAGAGGCUAACAGAAGCCUAGAAGACUGAGUGCUUACAAUAUAUUGCUCUCCUAUCCCUAACUCGAAAGUAGGAGACUCCUUUUCAAUGGUCCAUUUUCCUCUAUUUUAGUUCUACCAGAGACAAGGGCUUUACAUGCACUUAAAUGCACCUAAGGUUCUCUUGGAAAAUGAGUGUUGCUGCUUUCCUAGUGCUGGGUGAAGUUAGGAAUGAGAUAGUGCAGUGCUCAGUACAUGCACUAUAAAGGAUUAUUUAUGCUUUGUUGCCAUAGUAAUGAGGUCCAUAAACAGGUUGAUGCUUGCUCUUAAACCUCAUCAAACAAAGUUUUAAGAAAUUCCUUUCUUUCUGUUUAACAAUAAACUUCCUAAAACUAAAAA